AUGACGAACACGAAGAAAGUUGCCAUUGUAACUGGCGGUAAUAGUGGUAUGGGCGAGGGACUUGUCCGGCGGUUGGUGGAGAAGGGAUGGCAUGUUGCCAUUGCCGAUAUUAAAGAAAACAAGCAGUUUGCUCAAGAACUAGGUGAUGCUGCUAGCUUCCAUCAGUGUAACGUAGCGGACUACGAUAACCAGGCCAGGGUGUUCCAGGAAGUGUGGGAUCGCCACGGGAGAAUCGAUGCGCUCUGUGCCAAUGCGGGUAUCGUCGAUAGAAGCUCAAUCUUUAUUUUCGAACAUCGCGGCUCUGACAAGAUUCCCCCGAAACCCGAUACGACUUGUACCGACGUGGACUACAAAGCCGUCGUGUAUGGUACGCAGCUGGCGAUCCACUUCUUCCGCAAGAAUAAAGUACCUGGUGGUAAAAUCAUUGCCACGGCCAGUGUCGCUGGGAUUGCUUGCUACGAAACGUUUCCAGAAUACAGUGGGGCCAAGGCAGCUGUAAUCAACUUUGUCCGAACAACGUCACGCCUACUGAAAGAGAAAGAGAAUAUCAAAAUCAACGCCGUCUGUCCUGGCAUGGUGCAUACGCCCAUCAUGCCACAGAUAAUGGUCGAUGCUAUGGAGCUAGAGUACUUCACUCCUAUAUCGACCAUUGUGAGCGCAUAUGAAAAGUUCCUCGAAGACGACACCUUGUAUGGCCGGGUCGUGGAGUGCUCAAUACAGGAGCACUUCUUCCACGACACGCCAAAGCUUGCCAACGGUCGCUUCUCACAAAGGGCCGUUGCCGUGUGGGAUCCGCUGUUCAAAAUGUACCAUAAAGAAGGUUCUGGUCUGUCCGAUGCGAUUUCUUGAAAGAGCAAUGUGCUGUUUAGAGUUUAUUGGAUAUGGUACAAUUGCAGGUCUCAGGCGAGCAGCAGUAGAUAUGCUAAUCUG